CCGCUCAAGAAACCGCGUGAUCACCACUCCGCAACCCUAACGUCCAACACCCACACACCACUUGUGAGGCAAGUGAACCUGCGAUCUCCGUGACAAGUUAGAGGGUCGACGGAGGAGGAGGAGGAGGAGGAGGAGGAGGAGAACGGAACAUUAGGUGGACGGAGAGGAAGAGGGAAUUGGUAAUGAGGAAGAGAGGGAAGAGAGCGGAUGAUGCUCCUAGGGGGAGCAGAAGGGUUACAGAAGUGUCAAGGGAGAGUGGGAAGCAAUCAAAGAGAAAAUCAAGGAUGCGAGGAAACCCGGGAAGCCGAUAAUAAGGAUGAUGUGGAAGGACAGGCGGUCGAGGAGGAGGAGGAGGAGGAGGAGGAGGAGGAGAACGAGAGAGAGGUAUCGACUGAAAGAGGUGAUCAAAGGGAAGAUGGAGGAGGGCGCCCUGAGUGUGCGCAGACCAGGAAGGGGGAAGAAGGGUUGGGGAAAGAUGAGGGAGGAAGAGGAGGGGAGGAAGAGAGGAUAAGGGGAAGAGAGGAGCGUGCAGAGGAAAUCGACGGGGGUAGAAAAGAGGUACUGGUAAUGGACGGUGACAGGGAGGAGUUGAAGGGGGGACCGCUGCGAGCCUCUGGUUCCAGAAAGGAGGUCGAGAAGGGUGGAGGGGUAGAAGAGAAGGAUUUGGGGAGGGUCAAAGGGGGGGGAGAGAAGAAGAAGAACCGUAAGCAAUAUGAGGCAAUCGGUAAACUGCCGAACUUGUUUGAAGGAGCCCUCGCGAUAGCGGCCGCCGAGAAGGCAGGAUUUCCUCUUGACGAGAAAAAGAUCCAUCCCUUGCUCAGGAGUAGGGAGGCUCGCGAGAAACUUAUUGCCAUCUCGCAGAGGACAAGAGAGUCCACGGGCCUCCACAUGGAAGAGGGACCGGUGUCGCUAGGGAGUGAGAAAGAUGGUUGGUGCGCGUUAUGUGGAGUGAGAAGUGGGUGGAUGAUGUGUGGUCGUUGUGAUGGACAAGGAGUUUAUCCAUCACUUCGUGGUCUUGCAGGAAUUGUGAAGAUUAGGGGUUCGGGGGGGGGGGGAGAGGACAAAGUGCCAACUGCUUGUGGGAGAGCUUGAGGACAGUUGGUGGCAGCAAUGUCGUCUAUUGCACCACGUAAGCGUGUCUUGGAGGUUUUCAAAUUUGGAUGUUAUCUCUCUAUUCCUGCGGCAAUGAUGAUGCUUUUCGCCUCUUCACCGGAGAAUUUGGAAAAGAUUAUUCGCAAUAGGAAGUACAUUGUUUACCCUCCGGAGGGCCCUCGUCCUCCGUCAGGGGAAGAAAUCCGGGAGAUGAAGAGGAAGAAAAAGGAGCAGCAGUGAGCAGGCGGCAGCCAGUGUGAAAGCAAGCGCCGGGUUUUUAGCAGGGGUCUGUAAUGAUGGGAUGGAGGAGAGGAGGUGGGUGAGAGUUCCACUGCCGAAACGAGGUACCCGGCUCUAAGCCCGCUGACAUCAAGGAUUAACGGCGCACCGAAGGUACCAGGACAAUCAGCGCAGAUGAACCUAGGGAACCAUCUCAGUGGCGCGAGCACCUCCUCUGCUCACAUCCUAUCGUGCUUGCCAAUUUCAGAAAUUUUUACGCAUGCUUGAAUUGAAGGUCUGUUAAGCGGAGUCGUUCACGGACGACCAUUGUUAGCAUUGGAAUGA